AAAGACCCAAAUUACCAGAUAAUUAUACUCAGGACACCUGGCAAAAACUUCAUGAAGCGGUGGGAGCGAUACAGAGUAGCAUUUCUAUUAAAUACAACCUUGAAGAGCUCUACCAGGCUGUUGAAAAUCUCUGUUCUUACAAAGUCUCUGCUACACUGUACAAACAGCUGCGACAAGUCUGUGAAGAUCAUGUGAAAGCACAAAUCCUUCAAUUUAGAGAAGAUUCUCUGGAUAGUCUUUUAUUUUUAAAGAAGAUAAAUAAAUGCUGGCAAGAUCAUUGCAGACAAAUGAUCAUGAUCAGAAGCAUUUUCUUAUUUUUGGAUCGUACAUACGUACUUCAGAAUUCAAUGCUUCCUUCUAUAUGGGAUAUGGGGCUGGAGUUAUUUAGAAAUCACGUCAUUAGUGACAAGCAAGUUCAAAACAAGACUAUUGAUGGAAUUCUCCUGCUGAUUGAGCGAGAACGGAAUGGUGAAGCUGUGGACAGAAGUUUGCUGCGGAGCUUGUUGAGCAUGCUCUCUGAUCUGCAAGUUUACAAGGAAUCAUUUGAACAGAGGUUUCUGGAAGAGACAAAUUGCUUAUAUGCUGCAGAGGGCCAAAGAUUAAUGCAAGAGAGAGAGGUCCCAGAAUAUCUUCACCAUGUUAAUAAACGUUUGGAAGAAGAAGGAGACAGGGUAAUAACGUAUUUAGACCACAGCACACAGAAACCACUGAUUGCUUGUGUGGAGAAACAACUACUAGGAGAACACUUAUCAGCUAUUUUGCAAAAAGGACUUGAUAACCUGCUUGAUGAAAAUAGAAUAUCGGAUUUGACCCAGACAUACCAGCUGUUCAGCCGGGUAAAAGGUGGGCAGCAGAUCCUUUUGCAACAUUGGAGUGAAUACAUCAAGAACUUUGGGACAACAAUAGUGGUUAAUCCUGAAAAGGACAAGGAUAUGGUGCAAGAGCUACUAGAUUUUAAGGAUAAAGUGGACCAUAUCAUAGAAGUGUGCUUUCAGAAAAAUGAAAAAUUUAUAAACUUGAUGAAGGAGUCCUUUGAAACAUUUAUCAACAAGAGACCAAAUAAGCCUGCAGAAUUGAUAGCAAAAUAUGUGGAUUCCAAGUUAAGAGCUGGUAAUAAAGAAGCAACAGAUGAAGAGCUGGAAAGAAUCCUUGACAAAAUCAUGAUCAUAUUUAGAUUCAUUCAUGGUAAAGAUGUGUUCGAGGCAUUUUAUAAGAAAGACUUGGCCAAAAGACUGCUGGUUGGAAAAAGUGCAUCAGUGGAUGCUGAGAAGUCCAUGUUGUCAAAGCUUAAACAUGAAUGUGGUGCUGCUUUUACCAGCAAACUGGAGGGCAUGUUCAAGGACAUGGAACUGUCUAAAGAUGUCAUGGUUCAGUUUAAGCAGUAUAUGCAGAAUCAAAGUGACCCAGGAAAUAUAGACCUGACAGUAAAUAUAUUAACUAUGGGGUAUUGGCCAACUUAUACACCUAUGGAAGUCCACUUAAAUUCGGAGAUGAUAAAGCUUCAAGAGGUAUUUAAAACCUUUUACCUGGGAAAACACAGUGGUCGAAAGCUUCAGUGGCAGACCACUUUAGGGCAUGCUGUCCUUAAGGCGGAAUUUAAGGAAGGAAAGAAAGAAUUUCAAGUAUCACUCUUUCAGACAUUAGUGUUGCUUAUGUUUAAUGAAGGAGAUGAAUUCAGUUUUGAAGAAAUUAAAAUGGCCACUGGUGUAGAGGACAGUGAAUUAAGAAGAACCUUGCAGUCUUUAGCUUGUGGAAAGGCACGAGUAUUGAUUAAAAAUCCAAAGGGCAAGGAUGUAGAAGAUGGAGAUAAAUUCGUCUUUAAUGGUGAUUUCAAGCAUAAAUUGUUUAGAAUAAAGAUCAACCAAAUCCAAAUGAAAGAAACAGUCGAGGAACAGGUCAGCACAACUGAAAGAGUAUUUCAAGACAGGCAAUAUCAGAUUGAUGCUGCUAUUGUGCGAAUAAUGAAGAUGAGAAAGACUCUUGGUCAUAAUCUCCUUGUUUCUGAAUUGUACAAUCAACUGAAAUUUCCCGUAAAGCCUGGAGACUUGAAAAAGAGGAUUGAAUCUCUCAUUGACAGAGACUAUAUGGAGAGAGACAAAGACAACCCCAAUCAGUACCACUAUGUUGCAUAA